AGGUUGUCAUUUUGCUUGAACAUCAUGUCUUAUUCUUAUAGACAGACAUCACGGACAGCAGGCUCAAGCUCUGUCUCAGCAGGUUAUGGUGGAGGUGCUGGUGGUGAUGGCCACUGUGCAGUAGGGGGAGGAUUUGGAGGAGGUGCUGGAUUUGGUGGUGGUGCUGGUGGAUUUGGUGGUGCCGGUGCAUUUGGUGGUGCUGGUGGAUUUGGUGGUGCUGGUGGAUUUGGUGGUGGUGCUGGUGGUUAUGGUGGUGGAGCGGGUGGAUAUGGUGGUGCUGGUGGUUUUGGUGGUGGAGCUGGCUUUGGAGGAGAUUUUGCUGGUGGUGCUGGUGGUGGUGGCUACCAUGAAAGCCUUUUCUCUGGCAAUGAGAAACAAACCAUGCAAAAUCUUAAUGACCGCUUGGCUUCUUACCUGGAUAAAGUCCAUGCACUGGAAAAGGCAAAUGCUGACCUUGAAAGUAAGAUUAAGGAAUGGUAUGAAAAGCAAAGGCCCGGUAGUACUUCUGGAGAAGGAAAAAAAGACUACUCUAAAUACUACACCGAGAUUGAUGAUCUAAAAACUAAGAUUGUUACAGCUACCAGUGACAAUGCAAGUAUAGUACUGCAGAUUGACAAUGCCAGGCUGGCUGCUGAUGACUUCAAGAUGAAGUAUGAGAAUGAGCUGGCACUCCGCCAUAGUGUAGAGGCCGAUAUUAAUGGCCUUCGUAAGGUCUUGGAUGAUCUUACCUUGUUCAAGUCUGACCUUGAGUCCCAACUUGAAAGUCUUACAGAGGAACUUGCUCACCUGAAGAAGAAUCAUGAUGAUGAGGUUAAAGGAUCCCAAGUAACAACCGUUGGCCAAGUUAGCGUAGAAAUGAAUGCCACUCCCGGUAAUGAUCUUACGAAGGCUCUAAAUGACAUGCGGGCACAGUACGAGGCCAUGGCUGAGAAGAAUCGUAAGGACGCUGAAGAUCAGUUCAACAAAAUGAGUGAAGGUUUGAAAAAAGAAAUAUCCACCGGUGUGCAGCAAGUCCAUAGCAGCAAGAGUGAGACCUCCGACCUGAGGAAGUCACUCCAAGCCUUAGAGAUUGAGCUUCAGUCACAGCUUGCCAUGAAAAAAUCCCUAGAAGACACAUUAGCGCAGACAGAAGGACGUUUCUGUGCGCAGCUUGCACAGAUCCAAACACAAAUUGCUGAAAUUGAGGAGCAAUUGUCACAUAUCAAAGAAGAACUACAGUGCCAGACCGAAGAAUAUGAAGAUCUGCUGGACAUUAAGACUAGGUUAGAGGCAGAGAUCCAGAUAUAUACCAAGCUCAUAGAUGGAGAAAGUGGUACUGGACAAAGUGGCUCAGGAACAGCUUUAAAACCAGGAACAACCCUAAGAGGUACUACAACCAGGCCAUAAUCCAGCACAGAGAACCUGAAAGAGGCAGAGAUUGAUGAAAGCGGUUGAAAUUAUUGCCAAUAGAGAAGUUGUACAGAUAUUGUUGAAGUUAAAGAAAAAUAUUAAUACCAUCACUAAUACCACCAGAAAUACUGUCUAUUCGAGCAAAAUGGAAACCGUCUGGAUUCACCUACAAAUCUUUUAUACUGUAGCUAUUUUACUUCUUCUUCUCCUAUGGGACUAUAUCAGCCUGGAGAGUAAAUACAUUGUGCAGAUCAAAUGAUACCAGUGCAUGCUGUCACAUCUCAAUAGAAACAUUGUUACACUUUCUGUAACACUAUUAUGUAGCUGACUACUAUAUAUGUCAGCGCCUGAAAGUUCUGUAGCUCCCAAGAUGUUGCAUCCUGUGUCUCUCUCCAUUAUUAUGGGCAUCUUCAGCAUACUAUCUACUGCUUUGCACGAUUUGCAAAAUAAAUGCUUUUCUUAUGCAAGUUA